AUGACUACUGAAAGACAAGAGUCAUCUUCUUUGGAAGUCACUUCCGGUCCAGAAAAUGUUUCAUUCACUACUAGCGGUUCAGAAAAUGUUGUUAUUCCCAUAACUGGACAUAAACUCACUGACCAAAAUUAUCUCCAAUGGUCGAAGUCCGUGAUGAUGUUCUUGUGCAGAAAAGACAAAGAUGAUUAUCUCACCGGAGCUGUUACAGCGCCACCCUUUGAGGACCCAAAUUAUAAAAUCUGGAAAGCAGAAAACAAUAUGGUUUUGUCAUGGCUUAUCAACUCCAUGACUAACAACAUUGGUGAAGACUUCAUGUUUUACGAGACGGCCAAGGAAAUCUGGGACGAUGCUGAGGAAACUUAUUCGGAUAAAGAGAACACUUCGGAAUUAUUUGAGGUGAAAGGCAUCCUUAAUGAUCUCAAGCAAGAAGAACUCUCAAUAACUCAAUACCUUAUCAAUGCUCUCAAUAGGCGUUGGCAACAUACAGACUUAUUUGAUGAAAAUAAAUUUGGUUGUACUAAGUAUUCUCAGAAGUAUAAGAAAAUUGUUGGAAAAGAACAUGUGUUUAAAUUUUUGUUUGGACUCAACAAAAACUUGGAUGAGGUGAGGGGGGAUGAAUCCUCGGCACCAAACCACUCCCAUCUCUUCCAGCGGUUAGAAUUGAAAUUAGAAGAGAAGAGAGCAGGUAAAAGGUAA